UUUAAUAUUAAAGCUCUUGAAGAUAUAAAAUACUCCGUAAUCGACCUGACAGUCGACGUUUACUGGAAACUCGGUACAUCAGAAGAACCGACAAUUUCGUCGACCAAUUCUCACCCAGGCCUCAGGCGUCGACGAAUUGCUUGCUCAACGGAGAAAGUCAGCUGUAUUGUCGUUAGUUCCAUAGAAAAUCAUAUAGAUCGGACAUAUUGUUGUCAAUAACCCGCGUUAUAUAAAUCGUCACUCACCGGGUUCCUUACGUAAUGGGUGUUUAUAUCCAAUUAACGGUUGUUCUGACGGUUGCGGUCCUAAGUAGUGCAUAUGACCCCAAUGAUCCAGAACUGAGUUCGGUCCUCCCACCAAAAGGCACCUUCGAGGCGUUCUACCCCAGGGGACAGGAAACGGGAUCUUCGAGAGCUGCCCAUUCUCACGGUACUUUUUACAAACAUCGAAAUCCAGCUCUUGUCGACGCCAAGAACGCUGCCGCCUACGGCUUCCGGUUCGACGGGAAAAGAAGGUUUAAUUAUGAUUAAUAAUCUUAUCAUUGUAUUUUGUUAAGGUAAUUUUAAUUGUACACAUAUGUGAAUAAAUUUACAAUAAAUGGUU